ACACCCCGAAGCAGGAGGUGGCGGUAAUGCACCUAACACGCUGGUUGCCAACCGCCGUAAAAACCAAAAAGUAGUAGGUAAAAUUUUGAGAGAGGCCAGCGGUGGCGGCGGGAGUCAGGGGGUAGAUUCAUAUAUUUUUGUUGAUAUUCUGUCUCCGGGCGGCUGGAAUGGCCGCGAGCACAGACGCCCCGGAGCCCUGGUACCUGGCCCUACUGGGCUUUGCAGAACAUUUCCGCACGUCGAGUCCGCCGAAGAUCCGUCUGUGCGUCCACUGUCUGCAGGCAGUGUUUCAGUUCAAGCCGCCUCCGAGGGUCGAGGCCCGGACUCACCUCCAGCUGGGCUCGGUGCUGUACCGUCACACAAAGAACAGCGAGCUGGCCCAGACUCACCUGGAGAAGGCGUGGUUCAUAUCUCAGCAAAUUUCUCAAUUUGAAGAUGUGAAGUUUGAAGCAGCAAGUAUCCUGUCAGAGUUUUAUUGUCAACAGAACUUGGUGGACUCGGCAAAGCCAGUGCUGCGUAAGGCCAUCCAGAUCUCUCAGCAAACUCCCUACUGGCACUGCAGACUGCUUUUUCAACUGGCACAACUACAUGCACUGGAGAAGGAUUUGGUAUCCGCCUGUGACCUGCUAGGAGUCGGAGCAGAGUAUGCAAGAGUCAUGGGCUCAGAGUACACAAGAGCUCUGUUCUUAUUAAGUAAAGGAAUGCUGCUGCUGAUGGAGAGGAAGCUGAGCGAAGUGCACCCUCUGCUGACGCUGUGCGGGACUAUUGUAGAGAACUGGCAGGGAAACCCCAUUCAGAAGGAGUCCCUCCGAGUUUUCUUCCUGGUGCUGCAGGUUACACACUACCUGGAUGCUGGACAGGUAAAGAGCGUGAAGCCGUGUCUGAAGCAGCUUCAGCAGUGUAUCCAGACCAUCUCCACUCUCCAUGACGAUGAGAUCCUUCCCACUAAUCCAGCUGCUCUCUUCCACUGGCUGCCCAAGGAGCAUAUGUGUGUGCUUGUGUACCUGGUGACGGUGAUGCACUCGAUGCAGGCGGGCUACUUGGAGAAGGCGCAGAAGUACACGGACAAAGCUCUCAUGCAGCUGGAGAAGCUGAAGAUGCUGGACAACAGUCCCAUCCUGUCCACGUUCCAAGUCAUCCUACUGGAGCACAUCAUCAUGUGUCGGCUGGUCACCGGACACAAAGCCACAGCGUUACAAGAGAUUUCUCAGGUUUGCCAGCUUUGCCAGCAGUCUCCCAGGUUGUUUACAAAUCAUGCUGCUCAGCUUCACACACUACUCGGCCUCUACUGUAUUUCUGUGAACUGCAUGGAUAAUGCAGAGGCUCAGUUCACUGCUGCUCUACAGAUGACAACACACCAGGAGCUGUGGACGUUCAUUGUGACCAACCUGGCCAGCGUCUACAUCCGGGAAGGCAACAGACAUCAAGAGCUGUACAGCCUUCUAGAGAGGAUUAACCCCGAUCACAACUUUCCUGUCAGCUCUCAUUGUCUACGAGCCGCAGCUUUUUACAUCAGGGGACUCCUGUCUUUUUUCCAGGGACGUUACAAUGAGGCAAAAAGAUUUCUAAGGGAGACUCUAAAGAUGUCAAAUGCUGAGGAUCUAAACAGGCUGACUGCCUGCUCACUAGUCCUACUGGGUCAUAUCUUCUUUGUCCUGGGGAAUCACAGGGAAAGUAACAAUAUGGUGGUUCCUGCCAUGCAACUGGCCAGCAAGAUCCCAGAUAUGUCUGUGCAGCUCUGGUCCUCUGCACUGCUCAAAGAUCUGAACAAGGCUUGUGGAAACACCAUGGACGCCCACGAGGCAGCCCAGAUGCAUCAGAACUUCUCCCAGCAGCUCCUGCAGGACCACAUCGCGGCCUGCAGCCUCCCUGAGCACAACCUCAUCAGUUGGACCGAUGGCCUUCCCCCUGUGCAGUUUCAGCCUCAGAACGGACCUACAACCAGCCUGGCCAGCCUGCUCUGAGAGCAAGUCCCCAGCCUGACAUGGGAAAGGAGAGGAGAGGAGCAAUGGCUGGAAAAUGGCAUAAAAAGACUAGAAAAAAAGGAAGAAAUGGUUGGUGAAAGGGUAAGAGGAAGGAGAGGCAGACAAUGAAAAGAUAAACUGCAAUAUGUCAUUUGGUAGGCUUCUAUUUGAUGGAUCCUUUCACUUGUUUGGGGCAUCAUGACUGGAUCUGAAGUUUUUUAGAAAGCAUUAAGUGCCACAUUUGUACCACACUGACAAUUUGGUUGAGUGGUUGUAAUCAUUUAUUUAACCUGCAGGAGAAAGAAUGAAAGGUUAAAUUCAGCUGGUUUGUCUCAUUUAGCUCAUCUCUUACGAUCAUCAUGGAGGCGUUUUUAUUUGGGAUGAAGUAAAAUGGGAAAUUUGAGAGCACAUUUAGCUUUUACAAUCCAUCCACUGGCUAAACAAACACAGCCAGAUGGGACUCACUCUAUUGUCGUGCAUGAAUUCAUUAUCUGUCUUUUUCAAAGCACUCAUUGACCAGUUCUGACACGCAGUAUUAGUUAGCGUACAUUUAGAUAUACACUAUAUAUCUGAAAUGAUCUUAAUGUAGUGUAGUGGUAUGUUUGAUAUGUGCUUGGUGGUUGAGUGAACAGCUGCAUAUGUAGUUUAUUCACUCAAGGAUUCGUGUUGGUUUAUUUUCUUGAGUGGAGAUUGAAGACGAUUUCCAAACUAUACAGUGGACUCACAAGACCUUGGAACCAGCUGAACAUUUUAUACACAGUAAAUGCAGCCACUGGCUUGCUUUACAUCCAAUAGUAUUUAUUAAUGUAUGAAAAGUGUACUUACAUGUUUUGAGAUGGAUCAAAAAGGUAUUUGGAUCAUUUCUGACACUGAUAUUGAGUCGACUCGCUGCCUGACUGUACUUCCCUUUAGAGUUGUACCACCUCACUCCCACUGUGGUGUCCAUGUGUAUGUUGUGCACAUUUUGCCUGGAGUCAAGAAACCAGUAAUAUUUCUACUGAAUAAGAUUGACUGUUAAAUCUUUGCACAUAUGUUGUUUCAUGAUGAAACUCACAUUUUUAUCUUUUCCAUGUAAACAUUUUGGAGUAAUUGUUUUUUUUUAUCACUCUGGUUUUUCUCAUAUUCUGUUUUACUUAUUUCUUCCAGAUGAUGGCGACAUAAAUCUGUAUUUAAAUAACUUAAUUAUUUAAUGUUGAUUUUUUUUUUUUAUAUACUCAAUACAUUACCAUAUACUGUCAGUUUAGUUACACUAAUGUGUUUUUAGUUGGGAACAUUUUAGUUUGGUUUAUUUAUUAGCACAAAGGAAGUGAUAAAACCAGACAUAGCUGGGAUUGUGCAGGAGAGGUAAGAAACCCCAAAGGGCUUAUAAUAAACCUCCCCCCUAGGAUUUAGAGUUUAUCCUCAUACUAUGGAUAUUUGUUUCCUUAACAUAAUGAGAUUACUUUUUUUUUCAAAGUAAUUACUGCAAUAAAAUCGACAGUAUGGAUGCCGUUUGUUUUAUCAUUGUAACGCUGCUGAACACAUUUAUGAGUUUUUAUAAAUAAAAAGAAUUACUUGAUCAUUCUUAUGAAAUAAUCUUUCAAAUUUGUCUCACCAUCAUCAUGUGAAGAGAGGAGCUAGACAAUGAAUGUAGAGAAGUGUGAUGCUCUCUGUUCUUUACUGCUUAAUGUCACUAAUGUGUGAAAUAAAACAGUAGUUAUAACUGA